AUGUCGCAUUGCGAGUGGCCCGGCAUUUCCUGCAAUGAUUCUGGAAGCGUUGUCGAAAUAGACAUGUUAGCAGGAAGCUGCAAUGGUUCUUGGGACGGAGGGAAUUUUAGCAGCAUGAAUUUCUCUCUGCUCCCGAAUCUUAGCUUUCUUGGGCUGUCUGAUAAUGGCCUCGCCGGUAUCAUUCCUCGUCAACUAUGUGAACUCCCGCUCCGGUUCCUCGACUUGUCCGGCAAUAACUUGACCGGUGAGUUUCCUCUUUGUCUCCAAAACCUCACAAUGUUAGAAGUUCUUGACAUUCAUAAUAAUGGAAUCGCUAGUCCUUUCCCUUCUAGAUUGGGAAAUCAGAAGAAGCUAGGGUACCUAGAUCUCAGUUUCAAUUUGCUUCAUGGCCCUAUACUUCCAACUCUGGGGGAAUUGAAGGACUUGAUGGAGCUCUAUUUGCAAGGGAACUCCUUCCAUGGAUCUAUUCCCCCGGAAAUUGGGAACUUGACAAACUUGAUAUAUCUAUGUAUGGAAGAGAACCAAUAUGGCGGAUCUAUCCCGUCAGAAAUAGGUAAUUUGAAGAGAUUGAUUUGGUUGAGCCUGGGCUCAAACUCCUUCACUGGCCCCAUUCCAUCGGAAAUUGGAGAUUUCAAGAAUCUCACUUAUCUAGAUUUAAGCAAUAACAACUUCUCUGGAGAAAUCCCUCUUCAACUUGGGAGUUUGGUCAUGUUAAGCUAUCUCGAUCUUCGGGAUAAUUCUCUACAGGAGAUUUCCGUGGCAACGAAUUUUUGGAAUAUACUACCACGGAAGCAGAUGCAGAUGCUCUUCGUGGCAGUGGCUGGUGGCCCUACAAGUACUUUACUAUGA